AUGAUGUUGAACAAUUGGGGGCCAAUCACACUCCUAUGUACCGUACUGUUGGCGUACGUGGCCGUCACCCGCAGCCAACACGUGGGGCUCCUACAUCACGCCAUAGCCAUCAUACGGGGCAAGUCGGGCGUGAGCGGGAACCUACGGUUCCGCGAGAAUGAGCAGGGCAAAGUCAAUAUCCGGGGCACGAUCGAGGGCCUAGUGAAGGGGCCCCACGGCAUUCACAUACACCAGUUCGGGGACCUAUUCCUGGGAUGUCAAUCAGCGGGCGGUCAUUUUGAUGUCCACUUAAAUGGCAGUUACCAUGGUGCUCGUAACGACUCCAACGGACAUACCGGUGACUUUGGCAACGUGAUCGCCGGGGAUACCGGUGUGGCCAACGUGUAUAUUAACAACUCGUUCAUUGAGCUACAUGGCGAUGCUAGUAUCGUGGGUAGGGCGGUGCUGGUACACGCAGGCCGCGAUGAUCUGGGUCAGGGUGGUAAUGAUAAGUCGCUGGAAACCGGUAAUGCCGGCCCACCGGUAGCGUGCGGUAUCGUGGCCUGGGAUGACUAA